AUGAGAUUUUCAAAAAAGUCACAUAUCUUGGGAUUAUUUUUGCUAUCUCCGCACUUUAUAAGUUGCUUCAACAUUAGGGACUUACCCCAAUCACCGCUUCGAAGUUUAAAUCUAACGGAUCACAUAGAAGAAUACUUGAUUGCUUCAGAAAUCAAAAGUAUUAUUGGUGAGGACUUUAAUGAACUCCGGGGGAAAAUUGAAAGCUCUCAUCUUGAAACUGAAGGAAAUAUUGAUCUAGGUACUGGUUGGAAGAAUACUAUAACCAAUGAUGAUGAGGAUGAAGAACCAACUAAAUUUAAGUUACAAAUAUCUAGCCCAGAUCCAAAUUUGUUAAAUAUUGACAUUGUGAAGCAAUAUUCUGGGUACUUCACUACCAAGUUCCCAGGAACUUCCCAUCAUCUUUUCUUUUGGUUUUUUGAGCUGAGAAAUGAUCCAUCUACAGAUCCAAUUAUACUCUGGUUGAACGGGGGUCCCGGUUGUUCCUCUCUUACUGGAUUAUUCACGGAGCUUGGUCCCUCGUUGAUGUCUGCUAAUGGAACCAUUUACAAUAACCCGUAUUCUUGGAACAAUAAUGCUUCGGUGAUCUUCCUCGAUCAACCGGUAGGUACCGGAUUUUCUUAUUUUGAAGGCAAUAAGGUGGAAGAUACGGCCCAACUAGCUAAAGAAGUCCUGAAUUUUUUGAGAAUGUGGAUGGAAAGAUUUCCAGAAUAUAGUGAAUUAGACUUACAUAUUUCUGGGGGAAGUUAUAGUGGUAUUUACAUUCCUUCUAUUGCUGUCGAUUUAAUGGAAGAUCAACCACAGUAUGAGAAGGUAAAAUUGAAAUCUAUAAUGAUUGGAAAUGGGUUGGUUGAUUUGCAAACGCAAAUACAUUUUCAUCAGCCUAUGCUUUGCGGAAAAGGGGGCCAUGAACAAUUGAUUGAUGAUUUAAGAUGUGAACAAAUGUUUGAUGAGGAAUACAAAUGCUCCAGAUUAUUAUCUAUAUGUAAAGAUAGUGGGUUCAAGAGAUUUGCUUGUGUUGCAGCCUUGGGGUACUGUCAACGUAAAAUAAUUGGGACUGUUGAAGAUUAUGGGAUCAAUCCAUAUGAUAUCAGAAUGAAGUGUGGAGGGAAGCAACCAACAGAGGAAUACUGGGAAGAGGAAUGCUAUCCCGAAAGUCAGUUCUUGGAAGCAUAUUUGAAUGAUGAGAGAGUGAAAUCAGUGCUUGGUGUUGAAGAGGAUAUCAAAUUCCAGGCAUGUAAUAAUGAAAUACAGAUUCGGUUUGAAAUGAAUGCUGAUUCAAUGCAUGCACAUCAUAAAGAAAUUACACAGCUAUUGGACGAGUACGAAAUUCCAAUUUUGGUUUACUCGGGGGACAAAGAUUAUUUGUAUAAUUGGCUAGGGAGUAUUGGAUGGAUGGAAGAAUUGGAGUAUUCUGGGCAAAAUGGGUUCGGGCUCCAAAGUAUGAAAGGAUUAAAUGUUAAAGAUGAUGGUGAGACUUACAGGGAAAUUGGUCAAGUUAAAAGUUAUCAGAAUUUUACAUUUGUUAGGAUUUAUGAUGCAGGAAAUAUGGCAUCUCAUGACCAGAGAGAGAAUUCUUUGGAGAUGGUUAAACUAUGGAUUGGUGGGAAUUAUGAGAUGAGGUAG